AUGGCGGAAGCAAGGAGCACCGGGUCUCUCCUGGUCCCUAACGUGCAGGCCCUCGCAGAAACUUGCAACGGGACUGACGGGCAGGUACCUGGGAGGUACCUCAUCGUCGACGCUGGCUCUGAGACCGAGAAGGUCGUCGCCGAUAGGGCUUCGGCGAUCCCAAUCAUCGAUCUCCGUAGGUUGCUCGACCCGCGGUCAUCGCCGGAGGAGUGUGCCAAGCUUGGAUCUGCCUGCCACGACUGGGGUUUCUUCCAGCUCAUCAACCAUGGACUACCAGACGAAGUGAUCGGAAACCUGAUGCGUGACGUAGCUGAGUUCUUGAAGCUGCCACUAGAAGCCAAGAAGGAAUGGUCAAAACAACACGACAGCGUCGAAGGUUACGGGCAGGCGUUCGCUGUUUCCGAGCGUGUCUACGUGGUUAGACUGUAG